AUGUUCAGUUUAUCUGGAGUGAAGUCAUUCCUUAUAAGACAAUGGUUUUUCGUUGUUCUUACAAUUUUCAUUAUUAUAGCUCAUUCAUUUCCUGAUUUUGCUAAACAAGGAGGUAUUGUGCGAUCAGAGUAUACUAUCGGAUAUGGAGCAGUGUCUAUUAUUUUCCUUAUCAGUGGAUUAUCUAUGUCUUCCAAACAAUUAAUUAUCAAUGCAACUAACUGGAGAGCACACUUCACUGUAUUGACAACGUCAUUUUUGAUCACAAGUUCGAUUAUUUUUGGUAUUGCUCUGGUGAUUAAGCUGGUAGAUACUGGCUAUAUUGACGACUGGUUACUAGUUGGUAUGAUUGUAACACACGCUUGUCCAACUACUGUUUCAUCUAAUGUUGUCAUGACCAAAUUAGCAGAUGGAAAUGAUAUUUUAACUUUGUGUGAAGUCUUUAUUGGGAAUAUUCUUGGAGCAUUUGUCACCCCUGCUUUGUUACAAAUAUACAUGACUGGAAUGUGGGAUUUUGGAAAUCCUAGCCACCAACCUGAUGGAGAUUUGAGUAUUCUGCAGUUGUAUAUGAAGACGUUGAAGCAACUCGGUGUUAGUGUAUUUCUCCCAUUGUUUGUUGGUCAAGUGAUACAGAAUGCAUACCCAAAACAUACCAGUUGGUGCUUGACAAAAUUAAAAUUGAGCAAAGUGGGUUCCUUUAUGUUGUUGUUGAUAAUGUUUCAAUCUUUUUCCACCGCAUUUGCCCAAAAUUCAUUUUCCAGUGUCAGCAAUUCUUCAAUUAUAUUUCUUGUGGUGUUCAAUGUUGGAAUCUACUUGUUUUUCACUGCGAUUACAUAUUUGUAUGCACGUCCAUUUUGGAUAAAGAAAUGGUUUUCUGAAGAACCAGAUGAAACUUCAACGAAAUGGUAUCGAAUUGCGUACUCUGUAUUUCGUCCAUUUUAUUAUAAUAGAAGAGAUACAGUGGCUAUAAUGUUGUGUGGACCGGCAAAGACAGCUGCUUUGGGUGUAUCAUUAGCUUCAUCACAGUAUGGUGCAAAGAACCCUAAAUUGGGUAUAAUUCUAGUUCCGUUGGUUCUUUAUCAGACUGAACAGGUCAUAACGGCGAAUGUUUUGGUAGAAUUUAUGAAAAAAUGGGUUCAUGCUGAAGAUAAGUUAGCUAUGGAUGAAGAAAGUGGGGAUAGAGAAAUCGUUGAAGAUAUCACAAGAUCCUCGUCUGGUACAGGUGCAAUCAGGCUUGUUGAUUGA